AUGGCAAUAGGAAACACAUACCUCUACCAGGAAAGAGACACACAGACUUUUCUUUGCCUUCAUUACGACUGCAACAGUAUAUAACAUGACUUUCAGGAGUGUGCAAGCGGCUUUAACUUCCCUGCUAUUUCUCCUCUGCUUAAACCACCUCAAAGAUAAGAAUACAGCAGCAGUAAACAUUCGGGAGAAAUGCAUGUGCAUCACAGAGGCUAAAUCUCUAUCAUGGAGAAACGUGAAAAACUUCAGAGUGAUCGAUUCAGCACCUCUUUGCAAUAAAGUUCAGAUUAUCAUCUACACAGUGUCUAGACAAGUUUGUUUGGAUCCAAAUUCUGAACAAGGGAAGAAGCUACAGAAAUGUUGGAAAAGGAUCAAAUUCAACGAGAGGAAGAUGAAGAGUUGCCUGAAGGCAAGACAUGUCAGACGUAGACCAAAAAAGCCAAAAGCAACUUAAAUCUGGUCAAAGAGUUUUUAAAAAGUUUUUAUCAGCAGUCAGCUUUUCAUAAUGAUUUACUUUUGUAAUGUUUCUGUAUUCGUUUUGUAACACAUUAACAAAAAUAAGCUGAAAAACGCACAAACUCACAAUAAAAGUAAACAAAUAAGAAGAA